AUGUCCCCUACCUUGCUUCUGCGAUUUGGCGAUGUGUCAGCCUCUGUGCGGCAUGCCACCAACAACGUAGCACGGGCCGUGAUGAGUAACCUGUCCAGCCAGGGGGUGAAGCUGGUGUUGCCUUCGCUUGUGGCGGGCGUGGACAGCCGCACCUGGCGCAGCAAGCAGGGCAGCGUGCAGAUGCUGGGCGCCAUGGCUUAUUGUGCCCCCAAGCAGCUCGGCACAGCGCUGCCCUCCAUCGUGCCUAAGCUGUCCGAGAUCCUGGCAGACCCCCACCCCAAGGUCCAAGCCGCCGCGCGCCACGCCCUCAAGGAGGUGGGUUCCGUCAUCCGCAACGCAGAGGUGCAGGAGUUGGUGCCGGCACUGCUGGCGGCCAUCGCCGACCCCAACACAAAGGCCAAGCCUGCACUGGACACGCUGCUGGUCACCAAGUUUGUGAACGCGGUGGACGCUCCCAGCCUGGCGCUGAUAGUUCCGGUGGUGCACCGCGGGCUGAGGGACCGCUCGGGUGACAUGAAGAAGAAGGCUGCGCGCAUCGUGGGCAACAUGUGCGGCCUCAUCAACGAGCCCAAGGACAUGGCGCCGUACGUGCCGCUGCUGAUGCCGGAGCUGCAGAGCGCGCUGGUGGACCCUCUGCCGGAGGUGCGCGCGACGGCUGCCAAGGCGCUCGGCUCGCUGCUGAAGGGCAUGGGCGAGCAGCACUUCCAGGGCCUCAUGCCAUGGCUCCUGGCCACCCUCAAAUCAGAGAAAAGCAGUGUGGAGCGUUCCGGCGCAGCGCAGGGUAUGGCGGAAGUGUUGGCGGUGCUGGGCAGGGACCAUGUGGAGGCGCUGCUGCCGGAUGUGCUGGCAGCGUGCACGGCGCCCUCACCCUUUGUGCGCGAGGGCAACCUCACCCUCUUCAGAUUCCUGCCCCACGCCAUCCCCGAUCAGUUCCAGGAGCAUCUCAACGAGGUCUUGCCUGCAAUCCUGGACGGCCUGGCGGACGAGUCUGAAGGUGUCCGUGAGGCUGCCCUCUCAGCCGGCCGCACAGCAGUGGAGCUGUUUGCGCAGACAUCGCUGCCGCUGCUGCUGCCGGCUGUGGAGGCUGGCAUCAUCAAUGACAACUGGCGCAUCCGCCAAUCCUCUGUGGAGCUGCUGGGCGACCUGCUCUUCAAGGUGGCGGGUACGUCAGGCAAGGUUCACAUCGAUGGUGACAGUGAUGAUGAGGGUAUCUCCAGUGAGGAGCAUGGCAGCGCCAUCAUUGAAGCUCUGGGCUGGGAUCGGCGAAAUGAGGUUGUGGCGAGCCUCUACAUGGCACGCAGCGAUGUGGCCUACACUGUGCGCUCUGCAGCGCUGCACGUGUGGAAGACAGUCGUGUCAAACACGCCGCGGACCCUGGCCGAGAUCUUGCCGGCUCUCAUGAAGAGCAUCAUCGCGUCCCUUGCCUCCCCUGGCGAGGAGCAGCAGCAGAUGGCGGGGCGGUGCCUGGGGGAGUUGGUGCGCAAGAUGGGGGAGCGAGUGCUGGGCCACAUCAUCCCCAUCCUGCAGCAGGGCAUGGGCGCGGAGGAGGCGUCAACGCGGCAGGGUGUUUGCUACGGUAUGAAAGAGCUGCUGGACAACAUCACGCGCCAGCAGCUGGCCGAGCACCUGGGCGCCCUGCUACCCACCGUGCAGGCCGCCCUUGUCGACCCCGACCCAGGCGUCCGCCAGGCGGCCGGGUCCGCCUUCAACAUCCUGUUCAAGGGGGGCGCGGGCAGCGCGGUGGAUUCUGUCAUCCCCGCCCUGCUGGCGGGACUGGAGGGCGAGUCACACCAGGCGUCACAAGCGCUGGAGGGCCUGCGAGUCAUUCUGGGCGUGCGCCCUCAGACGCUCGGCAGCAUGGUGCCCAAGCUGCUGAAGCCGCCUCUGCAUGCCACUGCCUUGCGGGCCAUUGGGUCUCUUUCAGACGUGGCAGGCCCUUCCAUUCAUCCCCACCUUGGCACAAUUCUGCCGCCCCUCCUGUCCUUGGCCAGUGAAGCAGGCAGCCACAGUGAGGAGGCAGAGGCUGCCAGGGAGGGAGUGCGGCAGGUGUCUGCAGCAGUGGCAGAGGACGGAGCCUACCUUCUGAUUGCUCAGUUGGAGAAGGGAUUGGAGGAGCCCACACGGAGGCGAGCAGCAGCGGAUACCAUUGCCCACUACUGCUCGGCCUCAAAGCAUGACUUCCAGGAGCACGUGCCCAGCCUGCUGACGGCACUGGUGGGGCUGAUGAUGGAGGAGGAUCAUGACACACUGGUGGCGUGCUGGACCGCGCUGGGAGCAGUCAUCGCUAGCAUCCCCAAGGAGCUGCAGCCGAGCUAUGUGCGCUGCAUGCGCGAGGCCGUGCAGACCGCGCGCGACAAGGAGCGCCGCAAGCGCCGGCCCGGGCCGCUGCUGCUGGCCGGCUUCUGCCUGCCCAAGGCUCUGCAGCCCGUGCUGCCCAUCUACCUGCAGGGAGUGCUCCAGGGGUCUUCUGCUGAGCUGAGGGAGCUUGCUGCUGAGGCGCUUGGAGAGUUGGUAGAUGUGACGAGCCAGGAGGCCCUGCGACCAUUCACUGUGCAGAUCACAGGUCCGCUGAUCCGCAUCAUUGGGGACCGCUUCGCGUGGCAAGUCAAGGCCGCUAUCUUGCACACCCUCGGGCUUCUCAUUGCCAAGGCGGGGCCUGGCUUGAAGCCAUUUGUGCCUCAGCUACAGACGACAUUCCUGAAGUGCCUGGGGGAUCAGGCCCGCCAGGUGCGCCAGAGCGCUGCGGAGAAUCUUGGGGAGCUCACAAAGAUGAGCAUGCGGGUGGAUCAGCUUGCGACAGACCUCACAAACAACGCCAAGGUGGCCGAGCCGGCACUGGCCGAGGCGUACCUGACAGCGCUGCGGGGCAUGCUCUCGUCCGUUGGCGAGCGCAUCUCACCCGCUGUGCUGUCCAGCACCGGGGCUGCACUGCAGGAGCUCAUGGCUGGUGACGAUGAGGUGCUGCGUGGCGCUCUGGCAUCAUGUCUUGGAGUGUUCGUGAAGCACUCGUCAGCGGAGGAAGUGCGGCAGGUGCUGCUGAAGGGGCCGCUGGGGCCUCCCGCUCCCAACAAACGGGACCGCCUUGGCCACGCCCUCACGCUUGCAGCCGUCGCUUUGAGCGCCCCUGAGAGGUUGGAGCAGGUGGAGCUGACAGGGAAGGCAGUCGCGGCCGUGACCCGCUUCUCCCGCGACGAAGGUCACGCAGUGCGGCUGGCGUCUGCGCGCGCGACUGGUCACAUGGCGCUUGCAGAGCUGCGCGGGCAGCUUCCUCAGGACGCUGCACUUUCGCCGCUGCUGCCAGUAAUGGUGGCGCUCAUCGGCACAGAUCAGUCCUCUGAAGUGCAGCGGCAGAUGCUGCUGGUGCUGCGCAAGGUGGCUGUGGAGAGAGCCGAUGCGCUUGUGCCCCAUUACACAUCCCUCAUACCCAGCAUGGUCAGCCUGCUCCAGCAGACCCAAGGCCCGACAAAGCUGGCUGGCGAUCGCACCCUGGGCCGCGUUCUGCAGGUGACUGCCCUUGCAACCGGUAUGCUCACAGACACUCAGAUGCCGCUCCGAAGGACUGCAAUCCUCCCGGAGGUGACCCAGCGUUGA